UUAGACAGUAUGACGAUUGUGUUUGUCAGAGUAAGGUGAGUUGGCCACGAAGUACUGAGAGAGAGUCUCGAAAACAGCCAGCAGACUAUUGCAAGAAAGAAUACAGCAAUACAAUCAUCUUUAAACCUCUGUCCAGUAUGAAAUAUAUACUACAAAGACCGAAUUAACUUUUCAAGUUAACAAGACCAUGACUAUCGGCAAGAGCUCCAAGAAGAACAAGGCCCCUCGUUCUCCUCUCUUUCUGGACAAGGCUAAUGGAUUCUACUGGCGUUUGGAUGAGAUGGAUGGAGAUGAUGUACAGAUCGAGUGGAAUAUCACAGAUGAGCCGAUGCAAAACCUGAGCAGUCCAGACAACAUGACAGUCGCAGGCUGGAUAGAAGAGGAUGACCAUUUGACUGAAUUUAACCAGGGAAUGGUGGAUGACGAUGGAACCACUUUAUUAAAGAGAAAGCCAAGCAGACUGAGUCGCCGCUGGAGCAGGAAAACUUUAACAAAAUUAUCCCCAGGAAAAGAAAGCCAAAACGUAACCACUGAGACUGAUAAUAGAGCGGUGCUGCAGGAAGCUCAAACUAAGGAGGUAACAAACAACGGAGAACCAGAUCUGGUCCACUUCUCUGUAAGGGAGCAAGCAGAUGAUCAGAUUCUGAUUUUGCGAAAGAAGGAACGGGAAAAUGAGCUGGAAAAUGUAAGAAAGGAGAACAAGACUGAAGGCAAGAUAAAUGGAGAGUCAACAGAGAUUGAAAAGAGGAACACUUUUAAGAAUUACCGCAAGGCCGUUGACAGAGCUUUGCGUUGUGGAUGGGAGUCUUUUAUUACCAAUCUUUACAGUGUGACCCUGACACCGAUCUCAUCGACAUCUUCAUCCUCACCACCAGUCAGAUCCAAAAUGGACAGGAAUUGUGUUUUAGCAGAGUUCAGAUAAGAGUAGAUCAGACCUCAUUUUAGUAUGGAUCAGUUUAUGAAAGUUAUUCAUUUAAUUAUUAAUAAACCAAUCAGUUUUAUUUAUUAACGUAAAUGCUCUCCAAUAUUUAAUAUGUCUCUUCUGUUGAGUGGAACUGAUCAGCACCAAACUUUAUUUUACUAAUCAUUAUGUAACUUGUAAAGACAGGUCAACAUUUUAAACUUUUCAUCAGUGUAUAAAUAUGUUAUUGCAGUACUAACUAUUGCAGUAAAGGGCAUGCAGCUGAUCUUUUUUCCCUCAUGGGAAAACAUGAGGCUUAUGCCCCUAAUCAUCCCAUAAUGAGAGAUUGUGAAUGGAUGUGAUCGCUUUUUGAGCUGUGAACAGUAUUGUGGCUUCUGUACUUUGUCCUCGAUCUUGUGUUUUUCCAGAGAUUGUGUUCCAAAGGAUCUAGUUAAAAAACAAUUCUGGGAGCUCAAAAAGCUUUUUGGAAAUGUUAUCAACUGGUAUAACAUCAGUGGCAAUGAAGUAUUUAAACAACUGAGCCAAGAAAUGUAAAGAAUGUAGACCUAUUUUACUUCAGUACUCAGUUUCCUUAGACAUCACAUAAAGUGAAAUUAGAAGAUUGUAGAUGUCAAGGGGUGUUGUUCGUUUUGUAAUGUCUUGUUUUACACAUUUAUCACAACAUCACAAUAUCAAUAAAAAAGAAAAAGAGGGGAAAAACAGA